AUGUCGAACGAGAACCCGUCAAGGUUCGUCACCCAAAACAAGACGACGCACGAGCGGCUGUCGACCACCACCGUCGGUCUCGUCAAGCUUUCCGACUUCCGAAAGCGCCGUGCAGAGCCGGACGCCUGUCUCGGGAAAUGUGAGUGGGGACACGGGCAGCGGUUCCGAGCAACCGGCGAAGAAGCUGAGGCAGAAGAAAAGAAGAAGGUCGGUGCCACAAAGCUGUCGUUUGGCGACGAUGAGGAGGAGGAGGGCGCGGAAGACUCGCUCGGAAACAACGGCGCCAGCCCGAAGAAACCUAAGCUCGAGGCCAACGCGUCUGUGGGCAUCGUGCCAAAGACCCUCACCAAGGCUGCCAUCAAGCAGGAGGCAGCCGAGCGAGAGUCUCUCCGACGAGAGUUCCUUCAGAUCCAGGACGCAGUCAAAGCGACCGAAAUCGCCGUACCCUUCGUCUUUUAUGACGGAACCAACAUUCCCGGCGGGGUUGUCCGCGUGAAGAAGGGCGAUUUUGUCUGGGUCUUCCUCGAUAAAAGCCGCAAAGUUGGUGCCGAAAUGCAGGUGGGGAGACAAGGUCACCGCACGCAAGCAAUGGGCAAGAGUGGGCGUGGACGAUCUCGUCCUCGUCCGGGGAAGCAUCAUCAUCCCACAUAUCGGCGCUGGUAUGAACGUAAUAAGCACAUAUAUCCAGCAAGCCUCUGGCAAGAGUUCGAUCCUGAAAAGGACUACCAAAACCAGAUUCGAAGAGAUCUGGGAGGCAACGCCUUCUUCUACUCCAAGUGA